AUGUCCACUUUCAAUAUCGUAGAUAUUGUAAAGACCGCCAAAGAUGCGGGAAUUUCCCCAGCAGAUAUCAAUACUUUAGUUGCUCCCGAAGAAGCGGAGAAGAGACGCCAACAUGAGCUAGAAUUGGCUAAAUUAGGCAUCGGAAACCAAGGCUCCGUAGUUAAUGCAGGUCAGUCUCCUUAUCCAGAUUUGAAUUUGCCAAACUUUUGUGAGGGCAAAGAUGAUAUUCAUGAUUAUCUUGUACGUUUUGAGAAGAUUGCGGAAUUACAGAAUUGGGAGGUAGAACGUUAUCAUGUUUACCUUGGAGCCCAUUUGACAGGGAAAGCCUUAAAAACUUAUAUUAAUUUGCCUAGUAAGAUUCUAUCUAACUACGAAUUGGUUAAGGAUGCUUUACUUAAAACUUAUUGCUUAGGUGCUGAGUCUUAUCGUAAGAGAUUCCGGGAAAGCAAAGUAAACGACACAGAGUCGUAUGUUCAAUUAGUCACUAGAAUGGAACGGUACCUAAGAAAUUGGAUAAGUCUUAGUGAGGUAAAAGAGAAUUUCGAUGACCUUUGCGACUUUCUUGUUAGAGACCAAUUGCUAAGCAAUUGCUCUUUAGAUAUGCGGGUUUUUUUAAAAGAAAGAUUAUUUGACAACAUUCUUGAUAUGGCUCAAGCUGCUGAUAGAUUCAGAGCUGCGCAUCACAAUACUAGAGCGAGGAAGACUUUCUCUGUGAGAGAAGAAACGAGCGAAAGGCGCGACGCAAAAUCCGAAGUAGUGUGUCACAACUGCAGAGCAACGGGGCACAUUCGACCUAACUGUCCUGAAUUAAAACGAUCGCGGUCGGGGUCAUCAAAGGUUAACUUUGUUUUUGAAUCGGAUCUUACUCCGCAGAACAGUGUCACCGACGAUGCGACUCUGUUUAAUAAACCCGUUAAUGCUCUCUUUGAUUCAGGAUGUUCAACUAUUAUAGUUAAAGAUUCGCUGAUUCCCCCGCAUGUAAAACGAAGAAAGACAAUUACACUGUAUGAUUACCUUGGUGUCGGCAAGACUUUUCCCGAAAUACGGUGCUUCAUAAAGAGUAGAUUUUUGACUGGAUGGGUGAAUGCUGUCGCGGCUCCCAUCAAAUUCACAGACGUAUUAAUCGGAAUGGUACCCGGGGUCAAGCUACCAGCAUUAGAUUUAACUGUUAAAACUAAUAACGGCAAUACCUCAACCAUUAACCAUGACUUUGCAAGUGCUGAUGACCAAGUAAUGAGAGUCCAGACUCGAGGAGGUAAAAUAGCUGACCUUGCUAGACCUCAUGCCUUAAAUGUACCAGAAUUGAUAAUUAAGGAUAUCACAAAACGGGAACUGAUGGACGAACAAGGCAAAUGCGUAACUCUAAAAGAUAUAAGGUCAAAAGUAGAGAGAGGGAAUACAGUAAGUGUCAAACAUAGAACGGUAAAAUAUGAGAAGGACAAUGAUCUCAUUUAUAGAAUUUGCAUUAAAAGUAAAAAUGAAAAUGAGAUUGGCGCGGGUGCCGAUGUGAAGCGAUUUUGUCGUUCAUGUUCACUAUGCCAGAGAUCUUCCCCUAAAGGAAAAGUAAAGAAAGUACCAUUAGUGGCCAUGCCCGUGAUAAAUGAACCGUUCGCUCGCGUUGCCAUAGAUCUCGUAGGCCCGUUAUCACCUUCAGAAAGAGGUCACCGGUAUAUCUUGACCUUAAUAGACUGCGCUACUCGUUUCCCUGAAGCUGUUCCUCUACGCAGUAUAGAUACAGUAACCGUCGCAGAAAAUCUAAUUGACAUAUUUUCACGUGUCGGUAUCCCUAAAGAAAUAUUGUCAGACCGAGGCACGCAGUUUAAAUCUGACCUCAUGAAUGAGAUAAAUAGACUUUUAUGUGUUAAGGCUCUCUAUACGAGCCCGUAUCACGCAUGUUGCAAUGGUACAGUAGAAAGAUUUCACGCAGUUUUGAAAUCGAUGUUAAAGAAACUAUGUAUAGAACAACCACAAAACUGGGACCGAUACAUCCCCUCAGUGCUAUUUGCCUACCGCGAAAUUCCAAAUGACACUUUGAAGUUUUCUCCUUUCGAACUGUUGUAUGGCCGUAGGGUUCGUGGACCGCUUACAAUCCUGUAUGAAUUGUGGACCAACGAUAAUCUGGAUAGCAAUGUAAAAAACGCUUAUCAGUAUGUGUUAGAUCUCAGAGCUAAAUUAGAGGAAUCUGCUCAGUUAGCAUCAUCUCAUGCUAACCUCAAUAGUAAGCUAUAUAGAACUUAUUUCGAUCGCGGCGCUAAAGCACGCUCUCUCGCCGUUGGCGACGAAGUGCUCGUUCUGCUUCCUACGACACAUAACAAGCUCACUAUGCAGUGGAAAGGCCCAUACCCCGUGAUUAAACGUCACGAUAACGGCGUAGAUUACUUGAUUAAAGUAAAGGGUAAAACUAAAUUUUACCAUAUUAACAUGAUGAAAAAGUUCAUUAAAAGGGAAAAAAAUGAAAUUCUCAAAGUUUGCCAGAUAUGUGUAAUAGACGAUGAUCCUGCUAGUGAUGACACGUGCGAUGUAUCUGUAAUGAGUAAUUCGGUAACUAAUUUCAAUACAGGUCCAGAUCUAAAAUCUGAUCAAGUAAAAGAAUUACGAAAUCUACUUGAUAAAUAUCAAGAUGUAUUCUCAGAGAAGCCUGGAUUAACUAGCUCAGUAACGCACGAUAUAAAAUUGACUACCACCGAACCCGUAUACCGCAAACCUUACACGAUUCCCCACCAUUUGAUUAAACCAUUCGAGGCGGAAGUACAAAGAAUGAAAGAACUUGGAGUGAUCGAAGCAUCCGAUUCGCCGUACUGUUCGCCCGUUGUUCUCGUUAAAAAGUCAAAUAACACUUUCGAGCUCUAA